AGUAUAUACUUUGAUAUCAAUAUCAUCAUUGACCAAGACUCGAGAAGCUUCUUCUUCUUCUUCUCUUCUUCCCUUUUUUUUUUAUUAUUAUUAUUAUUAUUAUUAUUAUUAUUUUUUAAUAAUAUAAAAAUGAUAGUGAUAAUAAGAAUAAAAAAAGACUCAAGAAGUUUACUCAUGGCUUGUUAUGAAUCCUACAAAGUCUCUUCUUCCUUUGAUAGCUACUUUAAGUUUUUUAAACUCGAAAAGAAACUUUUGGAAUAAAUUAGUCACACAGCUACCUCACCUUUGUCUGGUUUCACGCAAAUAAGUUGGAAAUUAUUUAUUAAAGGAUGGUUUUUGUCCUUGCUUUCUGCCAAAGGUCCUAUUAAAUAUUCUACCGCUUGGAAUAUAAACGAUAAUAGAGUUAUAAAAUAUAUAAAACCUGAUGACUACUUUAAAUAUUGGUAAUGAUUAAUUUCAACUUGUAUUUUAAAGAAUAAUUUACACAAAUUAGACGACUUGGGAUUAUAAUCUUCUUAGUCUGUCCCUUCUUAACCAGGAAGAUAGAGAUCGGAGAAAGUGAUUGAGAUCAUUGCUCCCAAUGGAUAGGAUGGUGUUCGAAGCUGCAGCUUCAGGAGAUGAAAGCCUUAUUCAAGCACUAGAGGAAGAGGGGAUUGAUAUUCACCAGGUAACACCCCAGACGAACACUAUUCUUCACAUUGCUGUUAGAUUCAAUCAAAAGGGUGUUUCAAAAGGUGUCCUCCGCUUAAAUCCAUCACUUCUUCACCAAGUAAAUGCUGAUGGAGACAGUCCUUUACAUAUAGCAGCAAAAAUUGGUAACAAAGAUAUGGUUGAGGUGCUCAUUGGCGGUUUGAUGGAUAUUGAAAACCAGCAAGCAGCUGAUCUUUUAAGGACAAGAAACUUGAAGGAGAAAGACACAGCCUUACAUGUUGCAGUUAAAAAUGGUCACUUUGAUGUAGCAAAGCUGCUAAUGGAGAAAGAUGCAGGAUUGUUAGAUUUGGUGAAUGACGCUAAUGAAUCUCCAGUUUUUCUUGCUGUGGAGAGAGGUUUUCUCAACAUUGCACAACACAUUUUACAACAUUUUCCUUCAUCUCCAUGUUGUGGUUCCAAUGACAUGAAUGCUUUGCAUGCUGCUGUGAUUCGAGCCCAUAAAGCUCGCAUGUUUGAAUAUCGGGCACCUGACUUAUCUCUGGAGAAAUUCCGGCGCCUGCUAAGCAGCUAUCUUUUGCAUGCUGGAGAUCAAUGCAUCAAUAUAGGAUAUAGAAAGGGUUACCAGCCAACACAAAUGGAUAUUAUGCACUUACUGCUUGAAAAAGGAGGUCAUGGGCUUGCAGGAAAAAAGGAUGUAUUAGGAUGGACUCCUCUUCACUGUGCAGCACAUUUAGGUCACCUUGAAGCAACUCAACUUUUGCUUCAGAAUUCUUCUACUCGUAUCGCAUACCUUCAAGACAAUGAAGGCAUGUCUGCUUUGCAUAUUGCUGCUAAACAAGGCCGUGUCAAUGUAAUGGAAAAAAUUAUUAAUCACAAACCUGAUGCUUGUGACUUGGUUGACAACAGAGGAUGGAAUCCUCUUCAUGUUGCAAUUGAAAAUACAAAGCUUAAUGCUGUAAGGUUUAUUCUAAAGAAGCCAAGGCUUGAGAGCCUCAUCAAUGCAGUGGAUAAUGAAGGUAAUACUCCUCUGCAUCUAGCUGCUGGAAGGAACAAGUACAGCAUCAUAACCAUCCUUGUGAAUGAUAUUAGAGUUCAUAAGAAGACUCAAAAUCACAACUUCCAAAAGCCGAUUGACUUGAUUCGGACUAAUCCUAAUAUUGGAGAACUUUUCAAGGCAAGUGGUCUGAACCAUGACGCUUGACUGAAUCUUUUAGAAUUUAGUUAUGAAAUGGUGGUUUCUACUUGAUGCAUUUGUCUUAAAAUAUAUCCUAGGUAAAGUUCGCUCUGUUUUGCUAUGAAUGUCACUCUAUUUUGCUAUGGAAGAUUUUUUGUGAUGGCUGAUGCCCAUUUAGCCACUUUUUGGCCAUGAAUAAUUUUGGGUCUACAUAAUUUUUGCUACACUAGUAACGCUAGGAAAAUCUGUUUUUGACUAAAACCAAUCCUUUAUGUUGCCAGUUCUUUUAUCUUUGAACCGAUUUAAUUUGCCUCUCCUUUAAACUUUUUUCAGUCUGUGAUUGCAAUGAAGUUGGAGAAACAGGAUGGGCGAGCAAGUCUGCAUUCAAUUGUCCAUAAAGGAGAAUACGAGAAGCACAUAAAAAAGGAUAUAAUCAUAAACAGAGUAGGAUCUAAUAGAUAUAAAGAUCAUGAUCAUACAAGUAAGGAAGUUGGUUAUGAUCAGGACAAAGACAUGAAAGCUCAUAGACUGAAGAACAUAUCCAACAUUCAUCUACUGGUGGCAAGUCUUAUUGCAACAGUGACUUUUACAGUCGGCUUUACAGUGCCUGGAGGGUAUGAACAAAACGAAUCACCCAGAAAAGGCUUGGCAUUGCUAUCUAACAAGACAUCUUUUCAAUUGUUUGUGAUAGCAGAUUCAAUAGCCUUCUACUUCUCCUCUGCCUCAGUUUUCUUACAAUUUUGUGGUGCCUUGGAACAUAAUUAUCAUCUGCUCUUACGUUUUACAAGAGUCGCUGCAACUCUCACUUAUAUUUCUAGUCUUGGGAUGGUUGUGGCUUUUACUUCAGCCAUGCAUGCUGUAAUGCCUAGUUCCUCAAUGCUAGCAUAUUAUACUUUUGUAUCGGGUAUCUGUUGUGUAUUUGCUUAUAUCUUUGGGUUUUUAUAGAUUUGUUACCACCACAUCUAUUUUAUACAAUAAAUGUCUACAAAUAUAUGUAAUGAAUUGUAAUACAUAUUGUGUAACAAUAAAUAAUCUCCAUUGCCACUUUGGUAUUAGUUUUGUGUAUGACAGAUGUAACUAAUCCUUCCCAAAGCUGCCGUCAUAACGAAAUGCACAAUCUAGUCCUCAAUCAUCCUGAAAUAGGCCCGAGUAUGCUUUCUUAAUCCUCUAGUUGUCUUGUUGUAGAAGACCUUGUUGCGAACCUUUACAGACAUAAGCUGAUCCCUGUGUCCUUUUCUUUUUUUUAAUGUGUUUUCCCAUCUCAUGAGAGUCUGUAUGUUUCUUAUAUAGUGUAUAAAUGAUGUUAUUGAAUUCAUGACCAAUGUGAGGAUUUGCUUAUUUCUUGUUUGGCUGCUGCAUAAAAUGUGAGCUCCUCAGGAAUAUAUGUUGGUGAUGAAAAGGUGAUCAAGCAGCAGGCUCAAAUCAUAGUAUGUGUACAAUAUGUGGUGAUCAUCAAUCAAGGCCAGCACUUGAUGCGGGUGGUGUUGUCUCAACCCCUCUCGAGGAUUUUGUUUCUGGUGGAAACUCUAUCUCUCUGACUAUGGUGUUAAUCCAGCUCUUUUCCUCACCAAACAUUGGGAAGGUGGAAAUAUCUAUCCCUUUAUUAUGGUGUUAAUCUAGCUCACUUACUUUGGGAGGAUAGCUGUACUCUCGCAUCUUCCGAUCCACCUCAAGUUGUUGAAGAGCGUGUGUCUUUCCUUCUCAAGGAUGGUUCUACUGACUAUUACCGUCAUAUGAACAACGAUAAAAACUUUGCAAUAUAUUGCAAAACAGGGUUGCUAGUGAUAGAUAGAAUUGAUUUCAGAUGAAGUUGGCAGACCAUCAUUUUUCUUGGCUAUCACUGCUGCAGCUGUCUUUGAUCACCAACAGCAACUCAUGCUUGCUGCUACUUUUUUUGGUCUUUCUGGGUAGAUAUAUUGGCGUAUACUGUAUGUGUAGAUUUGCUCCUGAAGUUGGAGUUCGUCCUAAUGUUAUUAAAGUUGACUGAGCACAAAUAUUGCCUCAAGUUGAUGAGAUAUUGUCUUCAGAUACUCAUUGGGACUCCCACAGACUCUUUAAUCCUUAGUUGACACGUUUUUACUAGGGGCAAUUGUUGUAUUCGCUUUAUGUUUUCUGUCAACUUAGUGGUUUGACCCUCUUCAAGUGUGGUCUGACACUCUUAAAGUGGUCUGGAGUCUGCCAUGCAUCACGUUUUUCUACUGGGCACUAUUACUGAUGCAUCCAGCUGCUGCUUUCGACCAAGAUACGGAAUGAACAACUGAAGCCUGAGGAUCAUAUCUAUACGUAUGCCCAUCAUGAGAUAUACGUGGGCUAGAGAAAGGUGAUCCUCCUUAUUUGAAGAGCAGCUUUUAUUAGUGGUGGUGGCUAACCAACGCACUAUCAUCUGGAAUCUUGCUGCAUAGAUUGUUGUUAGAUAUUAAAAAUGCAAAGAUAACAAGAAGAAGAUAAUUUUGAGGCUUUUGGUCAUGUAUAUAUUUAUUGAUUAACAAAGCAUCUAUUUAUACAACAUAGUGGAAACUAAAUUGCAGAAAAAUUUGCUACAUUUAAGGCAUAUCUGUUAAGCACUAAAAAAUAGCAUGAAGACAAGGUCACAGUCAGUUUGACUAUUUUAUUGCCUAAAGAAUAGCACAAAUUAAACUGAUUCCUGCAUUCUGUUGGCAGUUUCAGAGUCAUGCCAGUCAACACUCCUCCUUGGCUCUGGAGCUGCAUACUCCAAGCUUUUGCCUCAACUAGUCAUAUCUAAUCUUGGGAAGUGCCUUUGUUAAGAUAUCAGCACUUUGAUUUUCUGUUUUACAGUAGACUAGUUGCACUUCUUCCUUUUGUACCUCCCCUAGAAGAUAAAAUUGUAGCUUGCAGUAUUUUGUUUUGCCAUGAAAUACUGGAUUAGUAGCAAUUGAAAUUGCAACUUGGUUGCCCACGAAUAUCUGUGUGCUUUCUUCUUGUUCCAUAUAAAAAUCUAUCAUGAGUUUUCUGAUCCAAAGGGCUUGAUUUGCAGCAGAAGUAGCAGCUACAUAUUCUGCUUCUGCCGUAGAUCACUACAAGAAAAUGGUCUUUUACCGACGAAUUUUUUACCGACAAAAAACAAUAUUGUCGCAAAAGAGACAUUUUCCGACAAAAAUAAUAUUCCUCGAUAAAAAUGAAACUUUUGGCGACGAAAAAUAAAAAUCGCCGGCAAAUGUUAUACUUUUAGCGACGAAAAAAGACUUAUGUCGCUAUUGUAUUAACUUUUACCGACGAUUACUUAAUAUUGUCGGAACAAAAUUACUAUUUACCAGCGAAAUCAAAAUUCGUCGGUAAAAGUUAUAAUAUCUCGGUAAAAAGAUAACAUUCACCGACCAAAUUGAAAUUCCUUGGCAAAAGUAAUAUCUUUUAGCUACAAGUAUAAAUAUUCUCGGUAAAGAGUGCAUAUAUCUGUGUUAUAUUAUAUGUAUUUCAUAUUUUUGUAACACUAGUAAAUAUUUAUUGAUGAAAUUUGUAUUUUAUUUUCUUUAAAAAAAAAAAAGAAAUUUGUAUUUUAUUUACAUGGUAAAAGAUAUUGCUUUUUUAUUCCUUUUGGAUGUAUUUAUAAAAACCUGAUAUAUAUUUUUAAUUGUAUGGGACUUUUGCCGACGAAAUAUAUCCCCUCGGAAAAAGCCGACCUACUGAUAAAAUUUGACGGUAAAUACUUGGAAUUUUGCAGAGAAUUUUAACAAAUUCAUCGGCAAUAGAAAAAAAAUUUUCGUGCCUCCCCAGCCCGCCACACGGUCCCGCCAGUCCUAAAAUGAAAAAAAAAAAAUACAAUUUUUGAGUCUAUCUAAUCGAUUAUUUUUCUCUCCAUAUCCUUUUUUUUUUUUUUUUUUUUUUUUUUUUUUUUUUUUUUUAGUUUUUUCACUUCUGUCAAAAUCCUUUUCCACCGCAAACCCAUUUUUUUCCCUUCAAAAUCUGGGUUGAAGCAAAUCAGCUGCUCUCUGCAUCUCCAAAGGUGCUGGUCGCCAAUCUGCUGGACAUUUGUGCCGUUCUGGUUGUUGCCAAGCUGGUCGCCGAUCUGGUUGUUGCCGUUCUGGUCACCGAUCUGGUUGUUGUCGUUCUGCAGAUUGGUGUUGUUCUGUUUGGUGUUGUUCUGUUUUUUUCCUUUUUUUUUUUUUUUUCAUUUGUUUCUUACUCACCAUAUUAUUGAUUUCUGUAUGAGAUUGAUUUUGUUUUAUCGGAUUAGAUUCUUUUUGGAAAUUUUGGGCAGCAUCUUGAUUCGUAGGACAACAAACCUGACUUUCCAUGGGAGUUCUCCGAAGCCAAUAAAGAGAAGGUAGGUAAGAAGGGGAGUGAAAAGUGGAUCGCUCUUUAUAAGUCUUGUUUAAUUAAAGUUUGCUAGUGUAAGUAGUUUUGUUAACAUUGCAUAUUUGAACUAUGUUUUUGUUAAGCGGUUUCUGUUAUGAAGAAGAAAAAGGAUUCAAGCAACAAAGUUAUGGUUGCUGUGUUAGCAAUCUAUAUCUGUUUUUGUUUGAUUAGAAGGAUCUAGCUAAUGUAGAAAAGUAAAAGAAUGUUAAUUUGAUUAGAAAUGCUAUUUGUUAUGCUUUACUGCAUAUUUGGGCUUGUUAUGUCAGAUCAUUUGUUUAAAACUUGAUAAAAAAAUGUGUGAUAAAGAUAUAUUUGGGAGACCCUGAAAAUGCUGGAUGCUCCGUUGUUUGGAGGUGUGCUUGCUGCAGAAGGUAGGACACUCACUUUCAUGGUUUGAUGCUCCUGAUCCUUUCAAAAUUAAAGGAUUUUAUUCAAUUUAUGCCAUCUUGGUAGUACUCAACUUAUGGUAAAAAAAAUAAAAUAAAAUAAAAAAACUGCAAUAUGUAUGCAGGUUGGUGGCUCUGAGGAAGCUUAUUUGGCUGCAAACCACUAUUACUUUCUAUGGGCAAGAGCACAGUAUAUUGUGGUGGAGCAGGAAAUGGUUCGGUUCUCAACCAUGGAAAGGCUAAAGAUCGGAACCUUGUUGCUGGUGCGGCCAAAGAGGUUGGUCUUAAAUGUCUUGUGACAUUCCAAACACAAACGAUGUAAAUUCCUUUACUUACUUGACUCAAAAUUCUGAGACUACUAUUUUCAUAAUUAGUAAAUUUUGAAUAAAUAUGUAAUUUAAUUUCUCACAGAACAGUGUAAUGUAGUUAUUCUAGGAGAAAUCACUACUAGAAUCGCGUUGAUAAAUGAUGCAAUAAAUGCGUCACACAAAAUAAAUAACGACGUAUCGCACGGUGUCGCUUAACAUCC